AUGGACACCAAACCGCACUCCCACGCCCGCACCCACGCCCCCUCCCACGCCCGCUCCCAUCACCGAGACCGCUCCCGCGACAGAGGACACACCCGCUCUCGCUCCAAGUCCCCUUCCUCCCAUCACCACCACCACCACCACCACCGCCGCUCCCACCGCCACCCCCGUUCCCGCUCCCGUUCCCGCUCACCCACCACGCACCACGCCCACCGCCGCCACCACCGCAAGCACACACGCACGCCCUCCCCCGCCGCACCCGCAGCACAAGCGCUGCUCCCGUUCAACGCGCCUCCGCUGACAAAGCACGAUCUGGGCACGGCGCACGUGCGCGCAAUCUUCAGCGACUACCUGGACAUCCAGAAGGGGCUCUACCUGGACACGCUGUCGACGCGCGAGCUCAAGGGACGGUAUAAACGCUUUGUGAGCCACUAUAAUCGUGGAGAGCUCGCGCGGGGGUGGUAUGAGCGCGUCGUGAAGGAGUCUUCUUCUAGCACCACCACCAAUCCCCCCUCCUCCUCCACAAACCCCACCAGCACCAGCACCGGCACAGCCACCGGGGACGCAAAGCGUAAACCCCAACCCGAACCUACAGAGGAAGACGACACCAGCGAAGACGAGAUCGUCGGCCCCUUCCUACCCGGCCAGGAGCCGCACAAGCGCCGUAAACUCGGUGCUACACGGCCAACGUUUGAGGACUUGGAGUUGCAGAAAGAACAAACCACCUCCGCCACCGCACUCGCCCGCGCCGACAUCCGCUUCGAGCGCAAAGCCGAGCGGCGCGCCCAAUCCGCGCUGCUUGACGAACUCGCGCCCCGCGCCGACGCAGGCACGCACGCGCGGCGGCUCGAGAAGAAGGCCGACAUCACGGCCAAGCUGGCGGCGUACAAGGAGCAGUCGCCGGGGCUGGAGGCGGUGGACGACGCGACGCUGAUGGGCGGCGGCGGCGAGGACGGCGGCGGGACCGAGGGCUUCAAGCAGAAGAAGGCGGCGCUGGAGCGCAAGAAGAAUGAUCGCGAGCUGCGCAAGGAGCAGCUGCUGCAGGCGCGGAUUGCGGAGAGGGAGGAGAGGAUGGCAAUGCAUCGGGUCAAGGAGGAGAGGACGAUGGCGAUGUUGAGGACGUUGGCGGGGAGGUUUCAGUAG